AUGGCGGAUGACCACCAUGAUGAUGAAGAAUUCCACUCAACCGAGUCUGGAGCUGCUAACGUUUACCCAAAGCAAUGUUCUGCUCUUCGCAAGAACGAGCAUGUCAUGAUCAAAGGACGUCCAUGCAAGAUUGUUGAAAUGAGUACUUCCAAAACUGGAAAGCACGGUCACGCUAAAGUUCACAUGGUUGCCCUUGACAUCUUCACCAACAAGAAGCUCGAAGAUAUCUGCCCAUCCACUCACAACAUGGAUGUUCCAGUAGUAAAGCGUCGUGAAUACUUGCUUAUGGGUAUUGAUGAUGGCUUCUGCAACCUUAUGGACCCCGAAACCUGUGAUACUAAGGAUGACCUUAAGAUGCCAGAAGGAGAACUCGGAAACCAAAUUACCGAAGCUUAUGAGAGAGAGGAAGGAUCUGUUUUGGUCGCUGUUACUGCUGCCUGUGGUGAAGAGGCUAUCUUGGGAUUCAAGAUAUCUACCAAGGAAUAA